ACGAAUUUCAUCCUCGAAAGCCAUCAUGUCUGAGCAGCCUUACGAUCCUUAUAUCCCUUCUGGCUCUAAUGGGCCUUCCGCCAGCGCCGGCAGCGCAGCGCAGAAUGGCGACCCUCGGACAAGGGAAAUCGACAAAAAAAUUCAAGAGACCGUCGAUACAAUGCGCUCGAAUAUUUUCAAGGUAUCGGAGCGUGGCGAACGCCUGGACUCUUUGCAGGACAAGACGGACAACCUGGCCGUAUCUGCCCAGGGCUUCCGUCGGGGCGCUAACCGCGUGAGGAAGCAAAUGUGGUGGAAGGACAUGAAGAUGCGCGUGUGCCUGGUCAUCUGCAUUAUCUGCUUACUCAUUGUCAUCAUUGUUCCUGCCGUCGUCACGAGCACCAAACAUUAAGUUACGAACGCAGCGAAAGUCAUGUCUGAUUUUGGGAAUGGAUGUUAUUUUCCAGCAGGUCUAUUUGCGUUGAGGUUGUGUAGUUUCGUUUUCAGCCACUAAUACCUUUCUGCUUCUUUUCUGGGCGUCAACAACUUCUGUGCUUAUGAAUCAAGCCUCGUAUCUCGGUAAGCCUUUGACGAGAUACUCGUCUGAUACUCGGGAUGGGCUGUACCUUAUGAUCCGUGGCUGGUGAAGAUGUAAAUGAUACUCCGGGCUCCCGCACUUCCCCGUGUUUCAAUACGUUAUUGCCUUAUGAUCUUUGUGUCGACUUUGUCCGCCAUCACUUAUAAUGAAAUGAAUCCCUUUAUGCCGA